UGCGAAAUACAGGCGUUUAACUAGCGAAGCAUAUAUCAGUGCCUCGAGCUAAGAGAUAAACUGUACCGAAACUAUAGAGAAAGACAGAAUCCUUCAUUGUACAAGUGUGGUAAAGGCAUUCUUCUCCUGUUCGUAUCCUACAGUAUAUGUACACAGUCGGCUGUAAACGUAAAGUAAACGCAACGUCCAGCUGAGCCAAAAAACAAAAAACAAAGAAGCAGGUCGCUCUUGCCACCAAUGCAACUCUGGAGGACUCAUCGGCGCGAUGAAAUACGGUACUUCCGGCUAAGCUCCUUCCUUCCGGUGUGUUGCCUUCAGAGAAAUCAGCAUGGCUAUCAGGUACCCUAUGGCUGUGGGCCUUAAUAAAGGCCAUCGUGUAACUAAGAAUGUCACCAAGCCCAGACACUGCCGCAGGAGAGGGCGUCUGACAAAGCACACCAAGUUUGUCCGUGACAUGAUUCGUGAAGUCUGUGGGUUCGCUCCUUAUGAGAGACGUGCCAUGGAAUUGUUGAAAGUGUCAAAGGACAAGAGAGCACUAAAAUUCAUUAAGAAGAGGAUUGGUACUCACAUUCGUGCCAAGAGAAAGAGAGAAGAACUGAGCAAUGUUUUGGCAGCAAUGAGAAAGGCUGCUGCCAAGAAGGAUUAAAUUGUAACAGUUUGCAUAAAAAUAAAUGAUUCUCAAAACGUA